UCCAGUGCGCAAGCUUUGUAUAGUCGUGAGAUGCGUUCAGAGAUUUUUGGAGAAUACGACGAAACGUGCAUCUGCGGGGAUUUUAUUCGAGUGUGAUUUGUUUGUUUGUUUUUUUUUCUGUGAUUUUGACGUUCGUGUAGUCUUCGAGUGCACAUUACGAACAUGUAGCUCUAUUUCCGCAAAAUUUUGGCAGAUUCAGCGGUUGACGUUCACGGAAACCAAGUUAUUCUCAUUAAAAUUCAAUAUAGAACUUGAUGUCUAUACAGAAAUUGAAAAAAAUCGAUGCCUCUUGUUAGCUUAGAAUUAUUGAAAUGAAAUUCUAACAAAUCCAAAGCAAACGUCAUAGUCAUGCCCAACGCGAUCUAUAUCUUUCAAUGCACGGUAAAAGUGUCAAGUGCCCGUCGGUGCGACAAGUUCUGCAACACGCGUAACUGAUCUUGCGUCACAUCAAGGUCACCGUGAUCGCGGGAAGACGGGAUAAAUAAAGUAAAUGAACGAGGCUUCUAUUUUUUGCUACCUCAAAGACAUGGGAGGAGGAGAGUGCGACGAUGGUGGUUGUGACGUCAGACGCUGAAAGCCGCAUCGUCGAAACGAACGCCAUCGUCGCCGAGGACUCUGCCAAGGACACGCUUGGGAGCUUGCGAAUAAGGUACGUGAUGCCGGCGGCGCGGCUGACGCUGCGCGAGGAAGACGUAGUACGUCUGACCCUGGAGUUCCUUCACGGCCGGGAUCUGCACAUCUCGCAGCUGUCGUUGGAACGAGAAACCGGUGUCAUCAAUGGCCAGUACAGCGACGAUGUGCUGUUCUUACGCCAACUCAUCCUCGACGGCCAGUGGGACGAUGUGCUCGAGUUUAUCCAGCCACUCGAGACACUGCCUGACUUUGAUAUGCGAAGGUUCACUUAUUCUAUACUAAGGCACAAAUACGUCGAGCUUUUAUGCAUCAAAUCCGAGGCGAACAUCAUUGGCACGAGCACAAACGGCAGCGUCGACAACGCCGUGGAGGAAGUAGUUAAGGUACUGAGCGACCUGGAAAAAUAUGCUCCGACAAAGGAAGAAUACAGCAGUCUAUGUCUUCUACUCACGUUGCCGAGGCUCACCGAUCACCUGCAGUACAAAGACUGGAAUCCAAGUAACGCGAGGGUGCAAUGCUUCCGUGAGGUACAUCCUUUGGUGGAGAAAUUUCUUCCUGGCGAUAGAAAAAACAGCGAUCCAAAUCAUCCGGUUACCGUGGCGAAAAACGACAGAUUGAUACAGCUGAUCAUCAAGGGCAUUCUUUACGAGAGCUGUGUUAAUUAUUGCCAGGCUAAAGCUACUGGAUCCAAAGAGAGCGAACAGGUGGAAAUGAGUUUCUCAAGACUGCUCGACGGUUCAGUAGGAUUCAGCGAUUCGGAUCUGAGUCUACUCUCUUGGCUGCAGUCCAUACCGUCGGACACAUUCGCAGUGCCGUUCGCUCAACGAACCCUCAAUGUCGACGUUGAACGCUUGGAGAGGCCAUCGCUCGAGACAUCCUGGACGGAACAUAUGCUUAUCACGCCGAUCAAGCCAAAGACUUUCCCACACAAUGCGAUGCCUUUCUCAAGGCCACGAUCUGCUGCCGAUAUGAUGUCCCGUAGUCUCGUACCUGCACUCGAAGCUGGAUUCAGCCCGAGAAGUCCGCAGUUAAAAAAUAUGAGUGUUCCUUCGGCUGCGUUGAUGGCAUUGUCGACUGGAGAUAUUGCUAAUUCAUUAAUGUCGAGAAGCUCGUUUGCCAGCUUUCAUCUCACUGGCUUCAAAAAUAAUAAGCUGAUGAAUACUAGUGUUGAUAGGUUGUUUGAGAAUGAGGGCGAUGUAUUUCUAAGUUCGAGUUACGCCGAAUUCCAACAGCUGCCCUCGAUACAAGAGGCGAUCAAUUCAACAACCCAGCCGACGGCACCGCCACGAACGAGGGGACACUCCAAGAGUCCGGAAGGGGCGAAAGUAACGGAUCCUUCAGCAGCCUCAACGCCAGAACGUCGCAAUCCUGGUCGAGAAUCGCCAGCUCCCUCAACGGCACGAAGUUCACGACGAGACUCGUUGGCCGACAGACCCACAGGAAUAGUCGCAGGCAAAGUGGCCGAAUCGACACCAAUAAGGCCUAUGAUAUCCGGUGAACAACCACUACCACAACAGCAACUGGAACAGAGCUUCAAUGGUGAUUUAUUCAAGGAGUAUCAGCGUCAAAAACAACGACUCCUAGAAACUUUACAACAAAAAGAACGGGAGAGGGAUGAAUUUAUCAGACAAAUGCCUGCACCACCAAUUACCCCGCAAGCUAUUAACAACAUGUUACAAGCUGAAAGCAUAAAGCAACCACUGAGUAAAGGACAAUCGCCAGUUCACUCGACGACACCGGGCGCAAGAUCGGGAGUACAGUCGCCGAAACCCACGGCUAACGGCUCCGAUCAGCUGACGCGGCAAAACUCUACGUCGUCGAAUUUCGAGCCGAAAACACACGAGGGGCAUUAUGACAUCCUCAAACCGUACAAGCAGGAGCCACGGGCCGACUUGGACGGUAGCAAUGGCAGCGGCGUCGGCGGCGGUGGCGCCGGUCGGCCGCGUUUCGUGCCAGUCACGACCCUCGAGGACGUGCAAGCAGUGCGCUGCGCCGAGUUCCAUCCCCACGGCAAGCUAUACGCCGUCGGCUCCAACUCCAAGACUCUACGGAUAUGCGCCUAUCCCAAGCUUCACGAUGUUCGAGAGGAUCAUCAAACUUAUCAGCCGACAGUUCUAUUCAAGAGAACGAAGCACCACAAGGGCUCGAUAUAUUGCUUGGCCUGGACACCCGACGGUCAACUGAUGGCCACCGGCAGCAACGACAAAACCGUCAAACUCAUGCGCUUCAACGCUGACACAUCGAACCUCGAAGGUCAAGAAGUGGAGUUGACGAUGCACGACGGUACGGUGCGCGACUUGUGCUUCCUCGAGGAUACAUCGAACAAGUCGAGCCUGUUGAUAAGCGGCGGUGCCGGCGACUGCAAGAUCUACGUGACUGACUGCGCUACCGGCACGCCGUUCCAGGCGCUGAGCGGCCACAGCGGCCACGUGUUGAGCUUGUACAACUGGGGCGGCGCGAUGUUUGUCAGCGGCUCGCAGGACAAGUCCGUGCGCUUCUGGGAUCUCAGGACGCGUGGCUGCGUCAACAUGAUCACACCAGCCACCGUGCCCGGCAGCAGGCAUACCGAAUCUUCACAGGCCGGCAGUCCGGUCGCGGCAGUGUGCGUCGAUCCGUCGGGUCGUCUUCUCGUCUCCGGUCACGAGGACAGUAGCUGCGUGCUGUUCGACAUACGCGGUGGGCGCAAUGUGCAAUGCUUCAAACCACACGCCGCCGACAUUAGAAGCAUUCGAUUCUCACCGUCUGCUUACUAUCUGCUCACCGGUGGCUACGACAACAAAAUCGUUCUUACGGAUCUACAAGGUGAUCUGACAAUGCCGCUGCCAAGCGUUGUCGUUGCUCAGCAUCAAGACAAGGUAAUCUCAGCACGCUGGCACCCAACAGAAUUUUCAUUCCUUAGCACUUCGGCCGAUAAAACAUCAACUCUUUGGGCUCUACCGCCAGUCUAAAUCGCCUGCCAACGUCUUCUUUUUGAACGACCACUAUAUUUACGGGCAAACCAGCAGCAGCAAUUUUUUUUCAUUUCCCACUUGCAGAAGAGAUACAUUGUUGAAUUUUUGUUAUUGAAAUUGAAAAAAAAAUGCUAUUAGAUAGCAAAACAUACGUUGAAUUCGUCAUUUUAAUUUGAAGUAUUGAUUUUCAUUGAGUAACUAGAUUAGUAUAUUUUGUUCAAUUUGCCUGUCUUAUAGUAAUUCACGUCGAUGACACUUCCGUUCGUUUAUUUAUCGAUGUAACAAAAAAAAAAAAAAGAUUUUUAAUAUCUUUACAUAUAUUUUUUAUCUAUGAAAACGAUACGAAGUUACUUCGAAAUUUCGUGUUUUUUACUAGCAACAACGGAAAACGCCGAUAUAAUUGUCGAUGAACUAUAAAAACAAUUAAAUAAGCUUACUUAUAGAAACGUCAAACAAUUUGUGAUCUUGCUUGUAAACUAAUUUUAGUCGGUUGAUUUUUUUUAGCUAACUCACAGCAAGAAAGUAACAGAUUAAUGGCAUAAUUAUAAGUACACUCCUGAAGUUUCGAAGCUUUCGCGUGUUUUUCAUCGUAUUAAAAUACAUAUAACAUUGUAUAAAUUUAUAAACAAAAAUAUUUAUCGUUGACAUGUGCAAAUGUCUCCAAAUUUUGGGAGUUGUGCUGCGAUAUUUGUUAUCAAACAUUUAUUAUAAAAAAUAAAACACGUUUUACGUUUUGCGUAUUACUUAGCUUCAUAGCGAUUUUGUCUUGUUAACGUAUUUGAGAAAGUUAAAGAAAAACGAGAAAUAAAAAUAAAGAGACGAGAAUAAUAAGACUGGCUGGCCGUUUUGAUCGAGAAAAAGAAAUAAAUGAUGAGAACAUCUAAUUCUAACAGAAAAAAGAAAAAAAUACUCUUGUUUUAAAGAGCUUGGCACGAUUAAUCAUAAUCGAUGUAUAUUUACCCGAGAAAGUCCCUCACAUACAAUUACAUCAGCUAUAUUGUUUAUAACCGUAAUUAAUUACUAAAUACUCUUGUUUUUACGUAACCCUCGUAGAAGUCAUCCAAACGAUGAUUUUGUUGUUUUAUUAAGAUAAUUUUUUUUUCUCUUUGAUUACUCAAAGUUAUUAAGUUUGACCAAACUGUAGAUCUUUAACUUGUUUACUUCCAAAUAAAAAUCAUAGGUCUACGCCAAAUUACUCAUUAAACGUAGACGUAAUGUACACGUAGGAUUAAUAACAGUAUAUAUUAGAAUCAUCCCCCGAUCGUAUGUAUGCAAACAAAAAGUAACGAUCAACAAAAUUAGUACAAAUUAUAAACAAAAAGGAAGAAGAAAGGAAAGAAGACAAUUCACUGAGCUCACGUAUGAUACGGUUUCAUCAGUAAAAAUAUACGUAAUAAAUGUUUUCCGCUCAACUAGAAUCUCUAUUACGAACGUUGAUUAUAAAUAAAAAAUGCAUUAAUCGAUCAAUUAAACUGAUAUCGUACUUAAACCUGUAACACAAUAAAUACAAGAAAAUCAUAUAUAUACGCAUAGAAAAAUAUCACGUUACGAUUGGCAUAAAAGCGAGAGUGAGCGUAACGAUUCCGCUGAAAGCGCUAAUUUAAUUUUUUAAUGAUUGUAAGCGUGCUGCGCUUGUAGAGAGACGAAGGCGAAGUGAGACGAUAUAAAAAGUGAAAGAGGCAGACGGAGAAAAAACAUUCUCUUUGUUGCGUAGCAAUGUUGUCGUGCCUUCUGUCGUGACUGCUUUUCUUCAGCAAUCCGCGAUUUAUUUUUGUAUUCAUCCCCCUCCCUCCCCUCCGUGUGCCCGGCGUCGUCCUCAUCGCCAAAAUCAACUCUUUCAAGUGAUCAGUUUUUCAGUUGAUUUCCUUCUUAGCCUCUCUCUUAUCCUGUAUGCACCAUGUCUUCCUCCUCGUGGGAAAUGCAAACGACGGAAGAAAAUUAAUCGAUGGCACUUGUUGACGGCGCUUUGAUCAUUAUAGAACGUGCGAGGAAGAUACGUAAGAGAUGUGUGUAAACAAAAUCAGUUUUUAUGUCGUAAGGAUGUAUCGUGAAAGCGAUUGGUGACUUACUACUUUGUACUUUUUCUGUAGAUACGACAUCAUAUGUAACAUUCAUAUUUAAUUUAAACAAUAAAAUUUGCGUUAUUAA